AUGCUCGUCGUGGUCGUUCCUGGAUUCCCCGUUGAGAUGCUCGUCGUGGUCGUUCCAGGGGUGCCCGUUGAUGUGGUCGUCGUGGUCGUUCCUGGAUUCCCCGUUGAGAUGCUCGUCGUGGUCGUUCCUGGAUUCCCCGUUGAGAUGCUCGUCGUGGUCGUUCCAGGGGUUUCAGUUGAUGUGGUCGUGGUGGUUCCUAGGAGUUCAGUUGAUGUGGUCGUCGUGGUCGUUCCUGGAUUCCCCGUUGAGAUGCUCGUCGUGGUCGUUCCUGGAUUCCCCGUUGAGAUGCUCGUCGUGGUCGUUCCAGGGGUUUCAGUUGAUGUGGUCGUCGUGGUCGUUCCUGGAUUCCCCGUUGAGAUGCUCGUCGUGGUCGUCCCUGGAUUCCCCGUUGAGUUGCUCGUCGUGGUCGCUCCAGGAGUUUCCGUUGAUAUGCUCGUCGUGGUCGUUCCUGGAUUCCCCGUUGAGUUGCUCGUCGUGGUCGUUCCUGGAUUCCCCGUUGAAGUGCUCGUCGAGGUUAUGGCUCCAGGAGUUUCCGUUGAUGUGGUCGUCGUGGUCGUUCCUGGAUUCCCCGUUGAGAUGCUCGUCGUGGUCGUUCCCUGGAUUCCCCGUUGA